ACAGCAAUCAUUAAAUCGUCAAGCUCAAAAUAAACCAUUUACAAGAAAUUUGCUGUGAUUUAAUUAGAUUUUGCAAUGGAACUGUUUAGCUAUAGUUAGGCAAAGUUCAAACUUGCCAAAAACAGUUUAUCAUCCAAUUGUCAGUGCUGAAAAAUGGUGCAUUUUGAUGGACAGACAAAGGAAAAUAUGGAAAAAGCUUGUAAUUACAUUAACCUUGUAUAGCGCUAUCUGCUAUAAUAAUUAUUAAGCUAAAUUCGCAUUAACACAACUAACAAUGAGCCACAGCAAGAAAAAAGAUGGCAAAAUCACAUUGGGAAUGUUAAAAGGUAAACCCGUGACAACAUCAGUUCCGUCUAUCACCAUCAAGUUUCAUGCGAACGCUGAACAAAUCGAGGAGUUGUACGAUGACGAGAACGCUGCAACUGUCAGCGACGCGUCAACCGCCUCCGAGGGCAAAAUUGUAACCGGAGAUGCGGAUACAAGUCCGUUUAAGUACUUACCCCGUUUGGGCAAACGCUCUACAAGCAUAGACGUGUCGGGACAAACGCAGAGCGUCGAAUCGUCGUCGCCGCCCAGCGACCCGUGGCGUUUCUUCUCCGACAUCAAGGGUAAGAUCACGAAGAGCGUCGAGGAAAAAAUCACGGAGAUCAAAAGCAGAUCGCAGGAGGAAGGUUCGCCGUCCAAGCAAAAACUAGUGAAAGACAGCAAAGAGAAUUCUAGUAGCGUAUCAGACUCGGAGGACGUGUCCGAGAGUAGCAUUUCGAAAACGUGCGGCAUUGUAUCGACCACCGAGGGUGUCGAGAUGUCGAGCGACGACGAGACUCCGUCGUUAGAUGCCGACAAGCGCGACGAGGCGAAAAAGAAAGUGCACAGGAAGAGUCCGCAUGUAUUUUCGCAGCGAUUCCGUUUUUUGCGGCACUCGGGGGCGAAGGAAGGAACAGUUCACGUUAACUCGUUGAGCAGGCUUUACAAUAUUAACACGGAGAAGGUUGAACAGGCGCUGCCCGAACACACGGAGGAGGUAGAGAGUGGCGUUGAUGCUCUCAAUGAUAUUGAAAGUGAAACAAUUCCGGAGGCGCAUAAAAUCGAUAAUGAAGAAAUUCUGAGGAAAGUGUCGGAGAAGAUCGAUAACAUCGAGUUGGACGAUGAAAGGGUCAUCAAUUUUAGAGAAGUCACAGGAAAGGAGAUUCGCAACAGUUUCUUUACCACCGACAGCUCGUCCACGAUCUUCGCACCGUCCGGCUUUGUGGACCUGCGACCGGCCAAAAGUCACAAAAAAAUCGAGUUAAAAAUCCGUCACUAUUUAUUGUGCAGCUGUUUCAUCGCUUGUUAUGCCAUUCUUCACUAUUACUGCCCGUACCUCGCCGGACUAAUGCUCGGCAUCCUGUUCGGCGCUCUCGUCCACUGGUGUCACAUAAAACUCACCUCGAGCGCCGAUGAUCUACAGGCCGUCCGAAAAGUUUACAAACCGGAGGACUGCAAGCAGAUUCUAGAAAUACCAGCGGUUAAAGAGUACCAGCCCUUGACCAAAUUCGAGGGCUGGAUCAACGAAUAUCCAGACGUCUACAGUCCGGAUACUUAUCACAUCUCGAAGACGCAGUCUGCGUUCUUGCGCCUCCAGGGCAACAUGUUGCGCAUCAGUCACACAAAACAGAAAAUACCGAAACGGGCGAUGUAUAACGAGCCCAAAAUCAAGGCGCACUUCGUACAUCACAGAAUUUACAAUUUGUUGGGAGCCAAGGUGACUUUGUUACCUGAAGGUUUGGCUAAAAUUCGACACUGGAGUAAGAAGUAUCCGAUUUGCAUCACAUUGAGCAAAGAUCAGUUGCAGCAAGAUCAAGUGCUAACGAAAUUGGAAUCGGAGGAGGAGAAGGACGAAAAAGAUGAUGUUAAAAGCACGCCAAAAGAGAAAACUGGAUUCAGGUUCAAGAAGAAGGAUUCAGCACCCGUUAUAUCGCAAAGAUUCAGUAAGCUAACAGAAGAGGAGGAUUACGACCUGGAAUCGGACUCGAGGGCUAGUUCUCCGUCACCAGACUUUUCUGAUCCUGUGAUUGAACAAGUAAUUGCCGACGUUCUCGCAGAUAACAUCAAGAACGACGAGGAACUGUUAAACGAUUUCGACGUCGUCAGUUCCAACGCCGAUUCAUCCGUUUCACACGACGACAGUCCCACCGAGCACCAUAUUUAUAUAUUCGGCAGAACGGAUCGCGAAAAGGAAGACUGGUUCAGACGACUGACUGCGGCGACGCAUUGUCAAAAUGCACAACGCGUCGACGUAGAAGACAAGCCGGACGACGUGAAGGAGGAGGAGGAGCUGAGCGACUUGGAGCGCGUCUACAACGAAUACAACAAGUACAUGCAAAUGUUCAUCAAAAAGGUGCGGUGGCUGACCCGAACCGCUCACAAAAUUCCCAAGACCAAGCCAAAGAAGCCUGUUAAAGAAAAAACUUCCAAGGAAGAGCAAAUUGAGGAGCCACUAGACGAAUCCAAGGGUGAUUUGGUGCUUUGGUUGAACGCUCUAAUUGGAAGGGUGUUGUUUGAUUUCAUGCACGAUCCAGGUUUCACAAUGAAAGUGCGGGAUCGCAUUCAGAGGAAACUUAGCUCGAUUAAGUUGCCGUAUUUUAUUGAAGAAUUGCUAGUUACUGAGUUGUCGUUAGGUAAAUCGUCCCCGAUGAUUCAUAAGGCUGGCAAACCUAUUUUAGAUGAAAAAGGAUUGUGGGUCGAUGCUGAUUUAACUUAUGAAGGAUUGAUUAUUUUAACAUUACAAACUAAAUUGAAUCUUAUGAAAUUGAAAAAUCCUCAAGCAAAAGAAAAGACUUUGGUCAAAGAGAAGUCAGCAAUUUUCCAUUCGGACGUGGAUGAUUCUGCAGAAAGUAGCAGUGAUGAUGAAGGACCGUCGGAGAUUCAAACCGACACCACGAGCACGGAUGCCGGAAACUCUGGCAAGAAAUUCAUAAAAAUGGUGGACAAAAUCGCCGAGUCACGAUUUUUCCAAGCCGCCACCGAAAACCGCUACAUAAAAAAAGCCAUGGAAGGCGUGUCCAAUACGGAUUUACGUUUGAAAGUGGAAAUGCGCUCGCUGAUCGGAACAUUAGUUUUGAAUAUGCCGUCACCGCCGAGCGACCGCGUUUGGAUCGGUUUCCGGCCGGUUCCAGAAGUUGUUAUUUCCGCACAGCCAAUCGUGGGUGAACGCAACAUCACGUUCUUGUACGUGACCAGUUGGAUUGAGAAGAAGCUGGUGCAGGAAUUCCACAAGAUCAUGGUGAUACCCAACAUGGAAGACUUCGUUAUACCUGUGAUGAAUCCGAAGUUGCCGGAAUAAUUGGCCGGUUUAUUGAAGUGAUAAUUGUACGGGGCCGUAUUUGAUGUCUAGUCAUUAAAUAAAUCGGUUUGGUGGGAUAUACAGCGGUUGAGCUUUGCUUGGUCGUUUUUCUGCCGUUACAGUUGUCCCGCUGGGACUUGAAACUUAUCCUAUAUGUAGAAUUUAGUUGUGGGUGGAUGAUUAGUUUUUUAUACGUGUAAGCAUACGCGAUAAAGAAAAUAAAAACGAAAUCUAUUGGCUGUACAAUUUAAAUAUAAUAUUUCUAUACAAAAGUUUAAUCUCAUAAAUGAUAUACAAAAAAUAAAUACAUGUUGACUGUUUCUGUAGUAAUAUAGUAGUAUAAUUUUUUUAGAGAACGGACCAAAAAUUAUUUCCUUGCCAUUUUUGCUGUAUUUAUCUUCCGUAUUUUAUUUCGACUUCCUCUGUAUCUUCCAUUUGUUUUCUUUUCUAUUACACUGCUGUAUUUUUGAUAUUAUUGAAUAUAUGGAUGUUUCCCACGUGUUAUAUGUAUUAUGUAAUUAAGGAAGGGUAAAAUUUAACUGAACACAAUAUGAUGCAUAGAUAUAGGACUGGCAGUUGACUAGAAUGUGAUAAAAUAUUUGUUUUGACAUGUGCAAAUUUGCCAAAAGUCUCUCUCGUAAUUUGUUUAAGGUCGUUUCCAGUUCUUGAUCUAUACAUGAGAACUUAACCGUGCAUUUUUAACUAAUACUGCAUUGUAUCUGUGAUAGCUUCAAGUAUUUAUAUUUUCAGUUAAAUUUUAUUCAUUGAUCUUGCCGUUGAUAGGUGUUAGUUGAUUUUAUGAAUUUUAUUUGAUUUCUUAUUUGUUUGUACAAGAGCUGUGGUUGUAGUGUUAUUUUUUAAGAUGCAAUUUUGCUUGGUUCUGUUAAUUCGAACGGGUUCAGAUGCCAUAGUCGCAAUUAAGUUUGAAUGUGAUUUUCGUACACAUUCGAUUUACUUAAAUCAGGCAAAAGAAUUUUUUAUUAUACGAUUUUGUUAAUGAGUUUUUAAUAGUUAUGUACAGAUAAUCUAUGUAUACAUGAAUACCAAAACA